AUCUUCUCAAUUAAUUUCGAAGUAUCUCUUCAAUUGAUUGUUUCUAGUAUACAAACAAUCUAUGAAAGCAUGAAGUUCAUCCAGAGUCUCGCAUUGGCGUUUGCAGCCAGCGCUGUGGCCUCAGAGCAGCAAUUGCCUUUGCAACAUGGCGAUCAACGACCGAAUAUCGUGGUGAUCUUGACGGAUGAUCAGGAUUUGCAUAUGGACUCUAUCUCGUAUAUGCCAUUGUUGAAAAAGCAUGUCAUUGACCAGGGAACUUUUUACAAGAGUCAUUACUGCACGACUGCGAUUUGCUGUCCUUCACGAGUUACGCUUUGGACGGGCAGGAAUGCUCACAAUACGAAUGUUACUGAUGUGUUUCCUCCUUAUGGCGGCUAUCCCAAGUUCGUAGCUCAAGGGUGGAACUCGAAUUGGCUUCCCGUAUGGCUCCAAGCCGCGGGAUACAGCACUUACUACACGGGAAAACUGUUCAACUCACACACUGUCGACAAUUGGAACAAUCCUCACCCAAGCGGUUGGACAUCCUCAGACUUUCUGCUAGAUCCUCACACGUACCAGUAUCUCAACGCAACCUUCCAACGUAAUGACAGGCCACCAGUCAGCCAUGAAGGAGAGUACUCGACAGAUGUGCUUGCUGAAAAAGCUUACGGACUGUUGGAAGAAGGUGUCAAUUUGAGACAGCCUUUCUUUUUGACGAUUGCGCCGGUAGCACCUCAUUCGGAUGUUAAUGCUUCAACUUUCGUGAAGCCGGGAACUGGAAAGGACUUGGAUGGGAUUAUCAUGAAUGCACCGAUUCCUGCGGAUCGACAUAAGCAUUUGUUUCCAGAAGCGAUGGUGCCACGAACUGCGAACUUCAAUCCCGAUAAGCCCUCGUCUGUGUCUUGGCUCUCGAGACUGGAUAAACUUACGGAUGAGGUGGUAGCAUAUAACGACAACUUCUACCGUCGCCGACUCCAAGCGCUUCAGGCAGUAGAUGAGAUAGUCGAAGGUAUCGUCACCAGACUUGAAGACUACGGUAUCCUCGAUAAUACCUACAUCAUCUACUCAACCGAUAACGGCUACCAUAUUUCUCAGCAUCGACUGAAUCCCGGCAAGGAAUGCAGUUUCGAGGAAGAUAUCAACAUUCCCCUAAUCAUCAGAGGACCACAUGUUCCCAUUGGCGAAACUAAAGUCGUUACAGCACACGCAGACUUGGCACCUACGAUUUUGAAGAUUGCAAGUGCAAAGGAGGGUUGGUCUGGACUUGAUGGAAGUCCAAUCCCACUAAGCGAGAAAGAGCUCGAAGACUCGAAAAGUUCAAGACAAGAGCAUGUUAACGUUGAGUUUUGGGGACGAGGUAUCCCAGAAGGUAUUUAUAAGUUCUCUUUGGAUGAUGGGAAGAUUGUUGCAUAUGCUCCAAAUAAUACUUACAAAGCUCUGAGAAUUAUCUCAUCUUCUUACAAUCUCCUCUAUACUGUCUGGUGCAGUAAUGAGCAUGAACUUUACGACCUCAACACUGAUCCAGGACAACUGAAAAACUUGUAUCCAACUUCAAAAUUCUUGCCUGAGCAGAAUUUGCUUGGAAUUCCACUGUCUAAAGUCCUUCCUCGACUCGAUGCACUUCUCAUGGUCACAAAAUCUUGCAAAGGACAGACUUGCGUGAACCCUUGGUCAGUCAUCCAUCCCGCAGGAAACGUGAAAACGCUUGGAGACGCAUUAAAUCCACGAUUUGACGGCUUCUAUACAAGUAUAUCAGAGAGUGUACGCUUUGAUAAGUGCGAGCUUGGAUAUAUUCUGGAAUCUGAAGGACCUCAAAGCGUAGCAAUUUUCCAGGAUGAUACUGGUGGAUCUGAGCUAUAGUCAGAAGCUUCAUAUGCAUG